AUGAAUUAUCAAAAUUUAAAGUGCUCAGAAUUAAAAGAUUUAUUAGCCAAAAGAGGAUUGCCAUCUCAUGGAAAAAAAAAUGAAUUAUUAGAAAGAUUAUUAAAAUAUGAACAAAAAGAUAAUGUAAAAUCAUCAUCAUAUAUAAUAGAUAAAAAUGAUAAUAGUAUCAAUAGAGAGAAUGUUGAAUUAUUUGUAGAAGAAAAAGGAGGCAUAAAAAAUAACAAUGAUAUAAAUGUUAAAUCUCCAACAAAAGAAAAAUUUGAUGAAGAUAAAAAUAAUAUGGAAACCAAUAUAGGAGUAAAAGAAAAUAAGGAAAAUAAAAAAAAAUAUAUAUCAAUAAAUAAUAAAGAAGAAUUAAAUAAAGGAAAUUUAAAAAAAAUGAAUGAUUAUAUAAAAAAUAUAUUAACUACUAAUAAUGGAGAGAAUUCCAAAUAUUACGAAAAUGAUAAAAUAAAAAAUAAUGAAAAAACUUGUGUAUCUAAAAAUAUAGAAGAUACUCAAAAAGAAAAGAAUAAUUUUUUAAAUGAUAAUGAUAAAAAAAGUAAAACUGUUAUUCCACAAAUAACAUUUUCUGAAUCAUCUUUAUCCAAUAAAAAUACUUUAGAAAAAAAUAUUACUUCAAAAGAUGAUAAAGAUACUUACAUAUCAGAAGAAAAAAAAAGAGAAUUAAGAAAAAAAAGAUUUGGUUUUGUUUCUACAGAUGAAGUUCUUGAGUCUAGAGCUAAAAGAUUUAGUAUUAUUACUCAUAAAAUGGAAGAAGAAAAUAAAAGAAAAAGAGCAGAACGAUUUGGAUUGAAUAUGAAUAAACUGAAUGAUGUAGAAACAAAAAAGAAAAGAGCAGAAAGAUUUGGCUUAAUGAAAGAAAGUGAAAAGUUAAAAGCUAGAGCAAUUAGAUUUGGAAUUAUGUAA